GCCGUCCCUGCAGGAGGAGGACUGAACCGGGCCGAAGAUGUCCAGCGAGAAGAGUCCAGAGGUGUCGGGAUGCGACGCCUCCAUCAUGAAGAACGUCUGGGAGAUCCGACUGAGGGAGCAAGGCCAGAGGAUGCGUCUGGAGCAGGAACGUCUGGAGAAGAGCGCCCUGCCCACCAUCAACAAGGACUGGGCUGAUCGAAUGACUGCCAAGAUGGGAAAAUAUAAAAGAGUGGAGAGGAAAGCUAAACCGUCCGAUGGCCAAACAGACGACGAUGUCUGGAAGAGCAAGCAACCACCGGUUCCUCAGGCCGCUCCUCCUGGUAGAGGGUCCGGUCCCUUUGGCAGACCCGGGUUACCGGCAAGAAGCUCAUCUGCUCCAAACCUCAAGGACAAAAAAGGGCAAGACAAGAGCAUCAGCAGACUACAGUUACUCAUGUCCAUCACCAAAACUCAGCCUUCGCCUCUGGUGUGGGGUAAGGCUUGGAAGUUCAACAAGUCCUUACCGCCACCAGCAGAGGGCAGUAGUGGCAGUGCAGACUGGGGGCAGUGCUGGAUGUUUGCCCGCUAUCAACCUCACACAGAAGAUGGGAAGCCUUGGCCAAACGAGCCCAACCUGGUGGAUCCUCAAAGCUAUCUUCUCUGGAGAAAAGCCAAUUACAGGAUGGUUGAAUCGCAGGAGCUGGACCUGAAUCUGCCCGCUGAAGAAUGGGAAACAUCCUGGAAAAGAUUUGAGAAAAUCAAGAAGGAUUCUGCUGAGAACGACAAAAAAUUGACCAAACAUGGAUUCUUCGCCUCACUGGUGGAAACCCAACACCAAAAUGAAAUCUUAAGCUCACCAGAGUGGAGCGAUUCAUGGUUGUCCACCAAGCCAGCCGACCAGCAGGGUUUCAGUGCUGCUCCAAAUGAAGGUUUAUUGGAUGCUACUGUUAUUGAAAACAAAGACAAGGGAAGAGAAAUUAGACCAGAAUGGGAGGAAUGUUGGAGGCUUCUGAACCACCAUGGCAGGCUUCCUCACCCCCAAAAAGCUCACAGCCCAGAGUGGGCCAGUUCAUGGAGAACAGCAGCAGCUGCCUUCAACACCAACCAGAGCUCCUCCCAGAACCAAGAUCACGGCCAAGGCUUUGAAGAUGACACCCAGCAGAUGAAUGGUUUUCACAAAAUCCCCUAUGCAUCUCACAAGAGAGAUCUUCUGUUCUCCGAUAACUUUGAAGCAAUUAACGACUGGAACAAGUCAUGGGAGAUACCAAGGAACAACUCAAAACCUUGUGCAGAGAUAGAUAAAGUCCUUAAAGCCUUACCUCCAAAGAUGGACGUUGAGACUCAAAGGGUGGAGAAGAUGCCUCGGGUCGAUUACUCAGCUGAGAAAGUAGACUCUCCGUACCAGAAACUAAAACAUGAUGUGAUUCAUCAGACAAAGAAAGAACUCCCCCAGUCAAAGCUGCUUCUUCUGAAGCACCUCCAGAAAAUACUGCCACCUUCAGAAUGGAGGGACUCCUGGAAAGUAAUAAAACACAGAAUGAGGCUGGAGAGGAGGAGGUACAAACUGGAUCCUCUGAGGCCCUUCAGAGAGUCUGAGCCCAAUGACUCGGAAUGGAGAGACUCCUGGAGGUUUAGCUGCCUGCCUCUGAGUCAGAACCCUGAGCUGUGGCAGCAAGGUUGGUCCACCACAGCACAAAUCCGGGUGAACUGGGAGAGGCACCAGAGUGAGGUUUCAAUGGAAGAAUUCCCUAAAAAUGGCCCAGCAAGUGAGCGGGUUUGGGGAGAAUCCUGGAAAUUCUCAAGGUACCAGCAUAAAUCAGAACCUGCUCAAGGCAAGGAACAAGUCAACAAAGGGAAGUCAAGUGUCCCUCAUACCUCAGGGGAACAGGAAAGUCAUACCAGGUCCAUAUCAGAUUGGCAAAAUGCUUGGAUGGUCACAGAAACUCAGUGGAGUCAUGACAAACCAUCGUUUGCUCAGUGGAGGGAAGCCUGGAAGUGGUCUAUCUACCACACACCACACUGGACUGGACAGGUACCUACAGCGAGCUGGGUGGAUGAAUCCACUGAAAUCCAACACCCAAAAAGUAGAAUGUCCUUUAAAGGAGCUAGGAUGAGCCGCUCCUUUGACAGCAAGAUAUUUGGCCAAAGAUACCCCGAGAAAGAGUGGAGCUGUUCAUGGAGCGCCGCUUCAUGUCUGAGCAAUCAACCAAGCCAGAGAAGUUCAUCUCAGCAGCAGCAUCCCGUCGCGAGCGAAUAUGGAUGUAAGUGGGGGAGAUCUUUCAGGCUCGCCAACCCAAUGCCUCAUCUGGAUCAACCCUGGACUGAAUCUUCCCAGAACCCUGGUUACCACCCAGUUUUAUGGUCAAGAGGAAAUAAGAUACUAAACAACAAUAAAUCCAACCUAAACAAAAACUUUGCCCCGGCCACAUUCUGGGCAAACUCCUGCCAGUUUCUGCAGAACCCCAACGCUAAGUCUAAUAACAAACGUAGGUCUAAAGACACCAAUGAUCCAAGGGUGAUUUUAACUACAAAGAUCAAAGCAAGGAAGCAUUUAUUCCUUGGCAUGGAGAAGGAGAAGCAAUCUGAGAGGAAGUGGGCGGGAUGCCACCUCCUGGGUAAAACCCAACCUCGUCCCAAGAAAGGCCGUGGUUCAAACAAUAAGCUUAAAUCUGAAAACAGUGUCCACAAGAAGUUCCUGGAGGAAUGGGGAGAGUCUUGGAGGUUUUUGGUUCGUCCUGAAAGCCUGAAAAAACAGAUAAGCUUUAAGCCACUCUUGGGUUGGGAUGAGUCCUGGAAGUUCCUCCUUCCACCAUACUGAGCUAAAGACAAAGAAAAACAACCGCUCCAACAAAUUAUGGUGAUAUUAGGCACCCAUGAAACACUUAUUUUGCUCAUAAAAAAGGAAUGUCUAUUUUGAUAGGAAGCUAAGAGCAGCAAUAGAGGGUCUGUUUCAGACAAAUAUAUAAGAACAAUGUAGCUUUUAAUAACUGCUGACGAGUAAGGCAAGAGGAUGAUGGAGAAGGAUGUUAGUUGGAGACCUGUAAGUGUAGUUUUGUAUUUUACAAAUGUAAUAUUGUAAUACUUUGAGAAAGAGAAAGCACAGAUUGUUCAUGAAGGUACACAUCAUUGUCUGAUGUAGGAAUAGGAAGUGAAUGUAGCCUAAUAACUGUCUCCUGAUUAAAUGAAUAAAAA